AUGACACGAGGUAGUUCUUUCCAACCUGGCUCUCCACGACGCACACCACAGCAGACACCCGCGACACGCCCAGGCAGGAUGGCCCUCUCCAUCCUCGCCCCGCUCUCCUACAUCGGAUUCCUCGUCUCGUCGCUGUGGCUCUUUUCAAAGAUUUACCGCAGGCGGCAGGCCAACAAACCCGCCGUAGAGCCAUGGUUCCCGCACCACAAGUCCCGCGACAUCUACGUCUCGCUCCUCUCGCUCGACCCGCCUCCUCCGCGCCCUAUCCUCGUCGCAGCCCUCCUCCGCCGCGCCAUGGACGACGUCAAGCUGAUCUGGUCCAUUCGCGACGCCAAAACCUCCCUCACGACUCUCCUCCAGCGCGGCCAGAUUGGCGACGACCUUUGGGAGCGCUUCCUGCUUGCGGAGAAGGAGCUCGAGGCGGAGAUUGUCGAGGUUGUCGGCGAGGCCAACACGUUUGAGCCUGGAUACGGGCAGAAGAUCUUCAAUAUCGCGAGUGACAUGGUCAGCCACGAGCGCUGGAAGGAGGUCUACAAGGACAUCAACAAGAAGCGCGAGGAGGAGAACGCCAAGCUCGCCUCGGGACUUCCACCCUCCGCCGUCCUCGCCCCGAACUCCUACCUCACCCCUUCAUCCCUGACACUCGCUCCCUCGAACCCCCUUCUCGCUGCCGGCACCACUCCCGCCCCUUCCGCCGCCUCGACGCUCGUCGCCACUUCUUCCCCCGCACCUUCAUCUCCCGCACAAGCGCCGAUCGAGAAGACGGACGUGACUUCCGCACCGCCCUGUCGAGACGCAACGCCUGCGUCUGCGCCCGUCAUCGCCGACGCCGGAGAGGCUGGCGCCCUCGCUGGUAAGGGUACGCCGGCGAAGUCGAAGCAGCCGGUCAACGGAAGCGAAGAAGCAGAGGAUGAGCAGGUCAACGGUGCGGCGUCUCCCGCUGAUACGCCCGCCGUAGCAGCAGGGGCGCCGAAGACAACGCCGAAGCCUGCGCCUAACAAGAAGAAGGGAAGGAGGAAGCCGCCCGUCAAGGGUGGGCGGUAG